UUUAAGUUAUUUAAAGUUUAAGUUGUUUUAUUGUGGAAUAAUAUUCCUGUCUCUAUUUAUUCAUAUUUAUGUUAAAAAAAACAUUUAGUUUUAGUGUGUUCAAUAAAUGUUUAUCCUGUUCGCCCCGCGACCUGAAGUGUGCUUUAUGUUUUGGCCCCCUGUGCAAUCGAGUUUGACACCACUGAUAUAGAUGAAUAUCAUUAAUUAUUAAUAAUAACAUAUAUUUAAAGGUAAAUUGAGCAAAUUUAUUAUUUCAGAAUUGUGUAUUAAACUGGUAGCCCUUCACAUUAGUCGGUACUCCAGAAGUAGCUCUUGGUGUCAAAAAGGUUGGUGACCCCUGAUAUAGACGUUACAGACUGAUGCAACAUUUAAGAUGCUAACAAGGAAACAUUAAGGUAAAAUCAUAGCUUGACACAAAAAGCACAAAUUAUAAUAAAUGGUUAGUAUGUUUGCCAAUAAAUGUCUAUUGAAUAGACUUUAUAUAUUUGUUUAGAAACCUCCUAGAACUUACCCCGAUAAAACUACAUAGUGGUACACAGCUAUACUAGAACACAUUGUGUUAGAGGAAUGGGACAGGGGUACACAAGACUGUGUACAAGUUAUGGAUGAUGUAUGGUAGGGUAAAUGAAGGGUAAAUGAAGGAAUGUGGUAAAAUUGUAGGAAAACAGAACACCAAAUAAAAUAUACACGCAUACACUGACCAGGAAUAGAUUUAUGGCCACCUCCUUCAUAUUAAGUUCCCAUUUUGCUGCAAAAAUAGUCCUGACCCAUCGAGCAUAAACAGCAAUAAUUUCGGCAAUUUGAGCUACAGUAACUCGUCUGUUGGAUCGGACCACACUGGAAUGUUCACUCACUGGUUAUACUGUUAUAAUGUCAAUGUUAUGCCUGGCUGGUGUACAUACACCAUAUAAAACUAUUGUUUGACUAGAACAUAAUGGUAAGAUGCCAUUAUACAGGAUUAAUAGAACUGUAGUCUGUGGGUCUGGUAGGACAAUAAUCAGGGCUAGCAGGGUUGUAGUCAGACUCUAAUGUCUUCACUUAAACCCCAAAUAAUUGGAUAAUUGAGAGGAAGAAUAGGGAAUUGUUGGUUGAAUUCAACAAGAUUUAAUAGGAAGUAAGGCUCUGGGUUACUGAUCAGAAGGUUGGGGGUUUAAGCCCUGCUAUCACCAAACUGCCACUCUUAGGCCCUUCAGCAAGGCCUUUAACCUUCUGUGCUACAGGGGUGCUGUAUUAUGGCUGACCCUUCCCUCUGACCCCAGCCAAGCUGGGAUAUGCAAAAAGAGGUGAGAUAGGUGAUAGGUGAGAGAAUUUGAGGAACCAGAAGGAGAAGGGGCAGUUGGAGGAUAAGUAUGAGUAGAGGCAUUAGUUUAGACAGUUGUUAUUAUUAUUACUGAGCAUUGUUAGACUGUCUUGACAACGGCUUUCCCUGUGAGGAGCAGCCCAAGACACACAACUGGUCAUCCUACCUGAAGCCCACUGUUCUCCUGACAUAUGUAUAAAGAGCCUGCACCGGACACAAGGAAUUCAACCUCUCCUCCUCCUGAGAAGACAAUGGAGGAGGGUGGAAAAGCCGAAAGCUCUGCAAUAAGACAUCUAUAAGAAGAAUCUAUUACUUUAGGUACAAACGCUGGGUUAGGGCGAAAGGAAACUCUUGAGAGCACUGGGGCAAACUGUAAACAGGAUGGGCUGACAGACAGGGCUUGCAGCUCGCUCACACGCCUAGCUGUCACCAGAUCCACAAGCAGCGCUGUCUUAAGAGAGAGAAAUGUUAACCCUAUGCCAUCCAAUGGCUCGAAAGGGUGUUGAGAAAGGGCCUCUAAGACCAUUGACAGAUCCCACAGUGGAACCAUCCGCCUAGACACCUGCCUCAUAUGGCGUGAUGCUUUUAUUAAAUGACUUAUUAAAGGGUGCUGACCUGCAGGUUCGUUACCAAACCUGACAUGACAUGCAGAAAUAGCUGCUAGAUAUACUUUCAAAGUAGAGAAAGCUUUCUCUUUGUCCAGAAAAUCCUGGAGAAAACAUAUGUCUCCCACUGAACACUGGCAAGAGACAAUGUGACUAUGGCCACUCCACUCUUCCAAGACUCACCAUUUAUUGUUAUAAAGUGUGCGAGUAGCUGAGGCUCUGGCACUCUGAAUAGUGUGUAUAACUGAUGUUGGUAAACCUUCCACAUUCAAGUUUCACCUUUAAUGAGCCAGGCCCAGAGAGCUAUCCUGUCUGGGUGUGGAUGAUAAAUCUCCCCUCCCACCUGGGACAGGAGGUCCCUCUGUGGAGGGAGUGGCCACCGCUGAUCUGACAGCAGUUGAAUUAUCUCGCCAACACAGUGUCUGGAUGCCCAGCGUGGGGUUAUCAGAACCAGUGACAGUGACAAGCCCAGUUCCCUAUCUCUGACUAGAGUGGGGAAAAUCAAGCUAAGUGGAGGGAAUGCAUAUAGAAGAACUUUUGGCCAUGGGUGGGCUAAAGCGUCCACACCCAACAGUGCAUUUUUGUUCUUUAGAGAGAAGAACGGGACACUGAGCGUUUCUGUGCUCCGCCGAGGGUGCCGCUCCGCUCCAGGGUUCCGCCGAGCAUGCCACUCCGCUCCAGAGCUCCUCAGAGCACUCAGCCCAGCUCCAGUGUCCCUCCAAGGAUGCUGUGACAUCACCACCUGGCCACGAAAGGGACAUCGUGCUGCCACCUGGCCGAGAAGGGGACGUCGUACCGCCACCAGGCUGCGAGAAGGAGGCCGUACCACCACCAAGCUGUGACACAGACAAAGUGUCGUUGCCAAACCCUUCCGAGAGGCCUAUCUCAUCCCCAAACUCCUCAAAAAGCGACGUCUGGUCUCGAAGUGCCCCUGAAGGCGGAGUCCUGCCGAGGGACGACGUCUCGCCCCUGAGCUCCUCCGACGUCGACGUCUCGCCCCUGAGCUCACCUGAAGACGACGUGACACCACCAGGUGCAAUGGAAGAUGGCGUGACAGUGCCAAGUACCUCUAAAGGCGAUGUCUCGCCCGCAACUCACGCUAGAGCUGACGUUGCGCCUCCUAAGUGUGAAGAUGGCGAGGCGGUCCCAAGGUCCUCAGAGGGUAAAGACACUGUCCCAGGCCUUGAUAGAGGCACCUUCACUCUGCUGGGUCUCUCCAAGGGUACGGCAUUGUUUAAAGAACCUGUGUUGAGCUCUAUUGCUGCCCAAAGUCCCUCUGGCAGCCACAGAUCUUCUCCAGAGCCAUCAAACAGGGAUGUCACGGUCUCAGACUCUUCUAAAGGCAACCACACAGCCUCAAGCUCCUCUGCAAAAGACGUCCCACAUCCAAGCUCUCCGGAAGGCGACAUAACGCUCCCUAGCUCCUCCGAAGGUGACAUCUCGCUCCCAAGCUCUCCUGAAGGCGACGUCUCACCUCCGAGCUCCUCCGACGGCGAUGUCCUGCCUCUGAGCUUCUCCGACAGCGAUGUCUCGCCCCUGAGCUACUGCGAAGGCGACGUCCUGCCUCCGUGCUCCUCCGAAGCUCCUCCUUCAAGCUCCUCCGUCUGCGACGAAGAGUCCCUCGAAGGGCAGCAGGUCACUUCCUAGCUCAUCAAAGAAUGAUGUCA